UAUACACAGGAAGUCUAAUUCUUGCUAGCUUCACGGAGCUGCAAAGUUAACGUGUACGUACUGAUAUUUGAUUGGAGUCAUUUCCAGUUGGCUACAAUGGAUUAUUCAGAGACUCCAACUGAGUUCAGACAUCAGCCCAAAGUCAGGAUGAGGAACGCAACGGCGGAGGCGGGAGACCCUACCCAGCUGUUUGAGGACACCAGCGCGGGCGCACGGUCCGCCAGCUACAGGGGACAGGAUGGGGCAGGUUUGGGGUACCCUGCCCAGACCCUGCUCUCCGACCCCAUGUCCAACCUCGCCAUGGCCUACGGGAGCAGUCUAGCCAGCCAAGGGAAAGAAAUGGUAGACAAAAAUCUUGACCGGUUCAUCCCCAUUUCCAAGCUCAAGUACUACUUUGCGGUGGAUACUGUUUACGUGGGGAAAAAACUGGGCCUCCUCGUCUUCCCGUAUAUGCACCAGAACUGGGAGGUGAGCUAUCAGCAGGACACCCCGGUGGCACCUCGAUUCGACAUCAACGCCCCUGACCUCUACAUCCCUGCAAUGGCUUUCAUCACUUACAUCCUGGUUGCAGGUUUAGCGCUGGGAACUCAGAACAGGUUUACCCCGGAGAUCCUGGGCAUGCAGGCCAGCUCAGCCCUGGUGUGGCUCAUCAUCGAAGUGCUGGCCACCUUGCUCAGCCUCUACCUGGUGACCGUCAACACGGACCUCACCACCAUCGAUCUCAUUGCCUUUUCGGGGUACAAGUACGUGGGAAUGAUCGUGGGCGUGGUGGCAGGGCUUCUGUUCGGCAGGACCGGAUAUUACUUAAUGCUGCUCUGGUGCUGUGCGUCCAUCUUCGUGUUUAUGAUCCGAACUCUGAGGCUGAAGAUCCUGUCGGAGGCGGCGGCGGAGGGCGUCCUGGUGCGGGGGGCGAAGAACCAGCUGCGCAUGUACCUGACCAUGACCAUCGCAGCCGCGCAGCCCGUCUUCAUGUACUGGUUCACCUUCCACCUGGUCAGAUAGGAGGAAACGGGCGGCGAGAAAAGGGGACGGGCACACCGAACAGGGCACUACCUCCUCCCCACAAAAAGACUCUCCCCCCCCUCCCUCUCCGGACUCCGAGAAACAAGACGCUAGCAUGCAGAACAAAAAUUUUUUUAAAUAUCGUAGAUGCAGGAUUGUUGAGUUUCACAGCACAAAUUAUCAACAUCUCAACUUUUUUUUGUAUUGUCAUCUUUUUUUUUUUAAUGUAAAUGUUAAAUGGUGAUAAAAUUGAUACCACUUUUUCCAUGUGUAGUAGCCUAGAAUGUCCAGUGCAAUUUUUUUUUUGUAACUUAAUUAUUUCCGUUUUUUAAAAUGUAUUCGAACUGUGAUCGGGAACCCUGAGUGCAGUUUGUGUGUUGGGUUCUAAUGGUUUUGAAAGAAAAAAAUAAUUGCAAAUGACGGGAGUGAGCACAGUCACAUAGGCUUCAGUCUCAAGACUCAACACCACGGCAACUGCUUGGUGUAAAAGCUUUUUAAUCAACGGUUGGCAACGAACAAACUAAACAACAUGUCCGUCUGUCCUUGAAAAUGUGUCUGUGAAGUGAAGGUGAAGUUGAACUUCACUGGUGUGGUCAUAUUAAUUUCGACCUGCUGCUGGUCUUGGGCGGUAGAAAUGCUUUGCUGAAAUGAAUCGCGGUCUCUGGAACAGGAGAGCUAAAAUCAGGACGGUCAGGUAAGACGAAGGCAGACGCUCUCCUCGGAGUGUCACGUCUUUCCUCGUCAGGCUCGUCUUACCCUAACAUUUCAGGAGGUGACUUGAGUAAUAUGUGCCAUCUGUUCUGAGCACACGCAUGGAUAAAGCUAUGACAAUUUCC